AUGCUUUGGACUUCUCUCUUUUUCCUUCUCUGGGCCUUUUUCUUUUCACCUUUCCUUCUCUCUUGUCCUAUGGGGAAGUUUUGUUUUCAUCUCUCUCUUGCACUUUUUUUUACUCUUUUCUCUUCUCUCUUGUUAUCUGGGCUUUUCUUUGGACUCUUUUCUUCUCUCUGUCCUAUCUUUUCCUUUUCUUUUCUUCUUUUCCUUCUCUCUUCUUUAUUUGCUUUUUCUUUUUUCUCUUUUCCUUCUCUCUUGUCCCUGUUGGGCAUUUUUCUUUUCCUCUUCAAUUCAUUCUUUUCUUUUUUUUUUCUUUCUUUUCCUUUUUCUUCUCUCUUUUCCUAUCUAAUGCAUUUUUCUUUUCUCUCUUUUCCUUCUCUCUUCUCUCUCUGCUUUUCUUUUCACUCUUUCCUUCUCUCUUCUCCAUGGGGCAUUUUCUUUCAUCUCUUUCCUUCUCUCUCCAUUUCCAUCUUCUUUCCCUCUUUUCCUUCUGCAUUUCUUUUUUCUUUUUCUUUUCCUUCUCUCUUCGGAUCUUUUUCUUUCUUUUUCUCUUUUCCUUCUCUCUGGUCCCUAUUUACCUUUUUCUUUAUUUUGCCAUUGGGAAAUCGUUUUUCUCCCUCAUCUAAAACUUUUCGAAAAUUAUUUUUUCAUUACAAUUCAUUUCUUUUUUCUUUCUUUUCCUUCUCUCUUUCCUAUUUCCAUCGUUUUCGGUGGACUCUUUCAUUCUCUCUUCUCUGUAUAUUUUUCCUUUUCUUUUGCUAUAUUUCCUUUUCUUUCUUUAUUGUGCCAUUUUCUUUCUUUCCCUCAUCUAAAACUUUUCAUUCUUUUCUUUCCAUUUCCAAUUCAUUCUUUCUUUCUUUCUUUCUUUCUUUCUUUCUCUUUCUUGCGAUUUUCUUUCCUUCUCGGCAUUUCUUUCUUCUUUCCAUUUCCCUAUCUUUGCUUUUUCCUUUCUCUUCGCGGCUUUUCUUUUCACUCUUUUUCAACUCUCCUUCUCUCGAUUUCGUUUUCUUUCCGGUCUUUUCCUCUCUCUUCACUUUCUUUCCUUCUUUCUUUCUCUCUUUUAUUCUUCUUUUCCUUCUCAAUUCUUCUUUUUUUUCUUUCUUUCUCUCUUGUCCUUUCUUUCUUUUCUUUCUUUUUUCCUUAAAUUCAUUCUCUCAUUCUUACUUUUCAUUUUUCUUCUUUUUUACGAUUCCCUUUCUUUCUUUUUUCUUUCUUUUUUCUUUUCUUCCUCCAUCGUUUAUAUUCUCUUUUCUCUGUUCCUUUUUCUUUUAUCCUUUCCUUCUUUCUUUCUUUUCUUUUCUCUUCUCCCUCCAUCUUCUCUUUUCGAAAUUAUUUUCAUUCCUUUUCAUUCUCCUCAUUUUUCAUUCUUACUUUCAUUGCAAUUUUCUUUUCCUCUUUCUUUCUUUCUUUCUUUUCUUUCUUUCUUGUUUUCUUUCCUUUCCAUCGUUUUCCUUCUCUCUAUUCUUUUAUUUCCUUUCUUUCUUUCUUUCUUUCUUUUUUCUUUCUUUCCUUCUCAUCGUUUUUUUUUCUUUUCAUUUUUCAAUUCUUCUUUCUUUUCUUUCUUUCUUUCUUUCUUUUCAUUCUUUUUCUUUCCUUCUCUUCUUCUUUCCUAAAAUUCAUUUUCUUUUGAUUUCUUUCCUUCUUUCUUCUCUCUUCUCCAUCGUUUUCUUUUCUUUUUUUCCUUUUCUCUUCUUCCAAAACCCUCAUCUUUCUUUCUUUUCUUUCCUUCUCUUUUUUCCCUUAAAUUCAUUUUUCUUUUUCUUUUUUCAUUCAUUCUUCUCUUUCUUUCUUUUCUUUUUUCUUUGA